AUGUCAACAAGCAGCAAUCUAAGUGAUGCUGUGCUCAAGGAGAUCUUGGAGGGGCUGAAGGCACUCCGUUCGGAGAACUCCGCACUUGCCGCAUCUGUCGACAAGAUCAAUGGCCGAGUAAAUAUGUUGGCUGGAAUUAAGCAGUUAAAGGAUGAGGCAGCACGUGAUGCUGCGAGUGGUUCCUUGAGUGCAGACAAGGCAAAGGAAGCGCAGUCAGAGAAGACUGUAGAGGCCGUUAGUCAACAGUAUGAAGCACCUCCUUCGAAUGUGGAUGCUCCGCCUCGUCGAGCUAGUGUCUCAAAGACUUCCAAAAUCAUCUUGACUUCGUACCCUGGCCAAGCUGGUGUUGAUCCAUUGCCCAUGGAGUGGGGUGCCAAGGACCCUGCUGUUCGUGGCCCGGUUGUGGUGUCGAGACAUCCCAACACCAUUCGUAGGCGUAACGCUAUCGGUGCUCAUGGAGGCUCCUACUCCAUUUACAAUGCGCUUGCCGUAGCAAGCAAGAACCUCGAUAUUACUCACAAACCAGAUUUCACCAACACUGAGCCCGCCGCAAAGAUUGGUCCAUUCCCGCAAUGGAGCGAUGCGAAGAAGAUUGUUGCUAUGGAUCCGUAUGGACACCUUGCUCCGUGGCUCUAUAAAGAGACCAUGGACAAGGACGACGUUGAGAUUAGACCCACAAUCGCCAUCACUCGAGCCCAUAUGAAGCUCCCAGAGCUGGAGGAAAGUGUGAGAAAGGGACGUCUCGUUCCCGACGGCAAGAUAUGCAUCAACAAUCAGGGCGAAGUAGCCGUCACCAAGGUUGCCGUCGAGCCUGUGUGGUACCUUCCCGGAGUUGCUGAGCGCUUCAACAUUGAUGAAGGAACACUGCGACGAACAUUAUUUGAGGAGACUGGAGGAUCUUACCCUGAGUUAAUCACACGUCACGAUAUCAAGAUCUUCUUGCCUCCGAUCGGUGGUCUCACAGUCUACAUUUUUGGAGACCCAGCAAAGAUGUCGGAUCCCAGCGCCCGGCUCGCUCUUCGAGUUCACGAUGAAUGUAACGGCAGCGAUGUGUUUGGCUCAGAUAUUUGCACUUGUCGUCCAUACUUGACUUUUGGUAUUGAAGAAGCAGUCAAAGAAGCACAGAAGGGUGGUAGUGGUGUUGUCAUCUACUUCCGCAAGGAGGGUCGAGCUCUCGGCGAGGUUACCAAAUACCUCGUCUACAAUGCUCGGAAACGAGGGGAAGAUCGGGCCAGCGAGUACUUCAAGAGGACCGAAAACAUUGCUGGUGUCAAGGACAUGCGCUUCCAAGCUCUCAUGCCUGAUAUUCUGCACUGGCUCGGUAUCACCAAGAUUGACCGCAUGCUCAGCAUGUCGAACAUGAAGCACGACGCAAUCGUCGAACAAGGCAUUCCAAUCCACGAGCGAGUCCCAAUUCCAGACGAGAUGAUCCCGGCCGACAGUCGUGUCGAGAUUGAUGCCAAAAUUCAGGCUGGUUACUUUACUACGGGACAUGUCAUGUCGAUGGAAGAGCUGGCCAAUGUUAAGGGCCGUGGCUGGGAAGACAUUGAUGUACGUGUACUAGCAUUCCCCAAGUGA